AUACUCUCAGAGCGAGCUUCAACAUUCAUCAGAGAGCUGAUGUGCAUCUCAUCUGAUCCCUGACCUCUGACCUCCUGUUACAUUAUCAAGAACAGCUUGACUAGUUUAAACCCUUGUGCAGAGUCUGAGGUGAUUUUGGAGAAAUCGGUCUGGUUGAACUGAGGUGUUAAACUAGCGAGAUGUUAGGAUGAAGCUUUUUCUGGUGCGUCCUGAUAUCUGGAGCUGUAUUCUCUAACAUUCACCUGACGCUUUGCACGCUUUCGCUAUUGUUGCAGAAAUUGUGCCUUAUUUUUUGAAGUGCUUAUUUCCUGCCCGUUUCAUCAUUUCCUGUUCGAGGGACAAAUAUCACAUGCGUGUCAUGAUUGCCUGAGAAACGAAGCAUGCAGCAGAAUGGAAUCUCUGUCUGUGUAUCACGGGGCCAUCAGCCGAGAGACCUGCGAGACGCGUCUGUGCGAAGCGGGCAAAGACGGCAGCUAUCUGAUCCGAGACAGUGAGAGCGUUCCCGGAGCCUACUGCCUCUGCGUUCUGUGUAAUGGUUUCGUCUACACGUACCGGCUCCAGAGAGACGCGGCGGGCUCCUGGGCGGCCGAGACGGCACCGGGUCAAAGCAAACGCUUGUUCAGGAAGGUGAAGAACCUGAUAAGUGCGUUUGAGAAGCCGGACCAGGGCAUCGCCGUUCCUCUGCGGUACCCCGUGACCGUCCAGAAGCCCUGCUGACCGCCGGCUGUCCGGAGGAGAACUUCAGGAGCCGAGGAGUCCUCAUCUAAAUUGUCUUUAAUACUGAUCACAAUGGUCAACAAAUACGAGUACGUGCUCUUAACCCUGUCCUAAACGUGCAGUGAUUAGAUGUAUUAUCAUUACUACACUGACUAAUAAAGUUUCUAAAGCAUGUUUUUUUUGUUGAAAAUGGUUAGCUAGUGGAUGGACGGUUGGGUAAAUCAAUAAACUCUAGUAAUAUAAUUUUAUGGCACAUGUGUGGUGCAAGUCACACAUCAGGUAAUAAUUCUCCUUCAAAGCAUUUUGUGCUGUUAUUAAAUGUUUUAUAUUUUUUUUAGCCUGCUCGUGUUGUAAAUGUGAACUUUUAAAUCAUCGUUUUGUCCCCUGACCACAGCUAUGAACGUGUUUUUUGCAUGCACAGAGCCGGAGCGUGAAGUGUGAAGAGUUUCAAGCGAUCUCUUUGCCCUGUUUAGCUGUUAAACUGUUAAAAGCACAGUAAACAUGAACACCAAAUCAGUGUAUGCAGUUUAUUUCAUGUUCGUUCAACUAGGUGCCUAGUAAUGCAAUACUAGAAACUUAUUUCAAUAGAAAAUAAUCUACAUUUGUAUUGAUCUCUCUGUGUGUAUAGAUUCAGAUGAACAGAGAGACUCUAAGCUAUCUUUCUGAACUUUUAAUGCCUUAUAAACAUCAGAGCUGUAAAAGUCUGGGCUUUCUCAGGAGAUCGGGUUCACAGGUCGUCGGCGAGGGUUGAGAGAACGGGUUUUUUUGUGGUUAAUAAUCACUUGGACGUUAACAGUUAGCUCGUGGCCAGAGUAGCUGAAAACCUCUGUGUUAAAGUUCAAAACGAAAUAUUACAUUAGCAAUUUAUAAACUGCUUGUUAAAAAGAUCAUUAUAAUACAGCUUUACAGAAAAAUGCAUACGUUGUUUUUUUUUUGUAUUAUUUUACUCAUAGAUGCGUGACAUGGAAUUAAAGAUGCUAUGAUAUUCUGAGAUAAUAAUCUGAGAAGUAUAAAUAACCCUUUGCUGUUGUGUUGAUGCUCUCCUUGGAAACGAAUAAAGCAAAGACGAAACCAU